GCGCAGCCGCCACGUGACGGCGCAGGGCCGGCGAGCGAACAUGGCUGCGGCGGCGGGACCCUCCUUUUGGCUGGGGAAUGAGACUUUGAAAGUGCCUGUGGCGCUCUUUGCCUUGAACAGAAGACGGCUGUGUGAACGCCUGAGGCAGAAUAAGGAUGUCCAGAAGAAUUCAAUUGUUCUGCUGCAGGGUGGAGAAGAAACCCAAAGAUACUGUACUGAUACUGGUAUUGUGUUUCGCCAGGAAUCUUACUUUCACUGGACUUUUGGAGUAACUGAAGCAGGCUGCUUUGGAGCAGUAGAUGUUGAUACUGGAAGAUCUAUGCUUUUUGUUCCACAACUCCCUGAAAGCUAUGCUGUUUGGAUGGGAAAGAUUCAUCCCCCUGAGUUUUUCAAGAACAAAUAUGCUGUGGAUGAAGCCUACUAUGUGACUGAGCUAUCCAGUGUAUUGGCUUCAAAGAAACCUGCUGUACUUCUCACUUUGCGUGGUGUUAAUACUGAUAGUGGAAAUGUCUCCAAAGAAGCUUCCUUUGAGGGGAUCAGCCAAUUUAAUGUGAACAACAAAAUUCUUCAUCCUGAAAUUGCAGAAUGUCGUGUCAUUAAGACAGACAUGGAGUUGGAAGUUCUGCGCUACACCAAUAAAAUCUCCAGUGAAGCUCAUAAAGAGGUAAUGAAGGCUGUAAAAGUAGGAAUGAAAGAAUACGAGAUGGAGAGCCUGUUCCAGCACUACUGCUACACUCGAGGUGGCAUGCGCCACACCUCCUACACUUGCAUCUGUGGCAGUGGGGAGAACUCAUCUGUUUUGCACUAUGGCCAUGCUGGAGCCCCAAAUGAUAAGACUAUUGAAGAUGGAGACUUAUGCCUGUUUGAUAUGGGAGGAGAAUAUUACUGCUAUAGCUCUGACAUCACCUGCACCUUCCCUGCCAAUGGCAAGUUCACAGCUGACCAGAGGGCUGUCUAUGAGGCAGUGCUGAAGGCCUCAAGGGCUGUCAUGGCAGCAAUCAAGCCAGGGGUGGCCUGGCCUGAUAUGCACCGUCUGGCUGACAGAGUCCAUCUGGAGGAGCUGACUAGAAUUGGCAUUCUGAAAGGCAAUGUGGAUGACAUGGUGAAGGUUCAUCUGGGUGCAGUAUUUAUGCCACACGGACUUGGACAUCUACUUGGAAUCGACGUGCAUGAUGUUGGAGGCUACCCAGAGGGCGUGGAGCGCGCGGAGGAGCCGGGGCUGCGCAGCCUGCGCACGGCGCGCCGCCUGCAGCCGGGCAUGGUGCUCACCGUCGAGCCGGGCAUCUACUUCAUCCAGCCCCUCCUGGAACAGGCCCUGCACGACCCUGCCCAGGCCUGCUUCUUCAACAGCCACGUCCUGCAGCGCUUCCGCGGAUUCGGUGGGACAUUUGGACAAAACUGUAGUGAGAUUCUGAUGGCUUCCAUGGAGCAGAAACCUGAGUGAAAGAGGGGAACAGAGACUACUGCACUGAUUUCUCCAAGACAGCUGUGUGACUUGGGCAACUCUGCACUUGAGGGAGAUAGAAAAGGGACAGGAAAAAUGAGGCCACUACAAGCAAAACAUUUUUAUUAGCUCCUGGUAUUUCAACCCUACCAACUUCAGAUGCAGUUAGAAUGAAAAAACAUAUCUGUAAAAAGUCUAACAUAAUCCAAAACAAUCCAUCAAAGUUUUCCACAUGUAUUAAAAGUUUAAAUUCAAAAAAGAACUUUUCAAGGUUUCAUUCUCUAACAGUAUCUUCAUAGAGAUAACAUCCAAGUUUUUUCCUAAGUGCAGAUACAGAGCAAACAAGCAUCUUCCAAAAUAAUCUAUGGACAAAGGUAGUGUAAGAGGGAAAUUAAGACAGUGUAGUAAUCUACAAGACAGACACACAGGUUAAAUGUAAAAUAACCAUACCAUCAAUGAAAUAUUUAAAAAUUAAAAUAAAUUAAAGUUACAUCAAAGUUCCUGCUUUACUUUGUUUCAAUCCUCAGUAUAGCACAUAGCACUGCAUUAUGGAUCAU